AUGGCUUCCGCAAAGGCAGCCUUGAAAGCCAUCAAGGCUUCGCUUGAUGCUGGUCAAUUUGCUAAGGCCGCAGAACAGGCUGAAGAAUUGAUCAAAGGGGACAACAAGAAUCACACUGCCUUUUUAUUUUUAGGGUUUGCAAGAGAAAAGCUAGGUGAUCUGGAUUCUGCAGAGAAGGCAAUUGAGAAGGCUUCCCAUCUCAAGCCACAUGAUCCCCAGGCUUACAAAGGUCUGAUCACACUUUACGAAAAGCAAACCAGCCUGAAGUUGGACCAAUAUCAUGAUGCCGCUUUCAACCUGGCACAACUGUAUGCCCAAGCUGAAGAUAGAGUCCAAUGUCAGUCGGUGAUCGACAAGUACGAGCUCUUCGCGAAGAAGCAUGGAAGCCAGCGACAAUAUCGAAGAGCCCUCGAACUUAUUCUGCCAACAUCAAGCCUCUACCCUGUCCUCGAAGGUCGAGUCCUUCAACCUAGCCUCGCGUAUCAGCGAAUUCUCGAAUCUGCACAGGCCGAGGAGAAGGAAUGGGUCAAUUCGCAGAUUGGAGAGAGACGAACACGAAUUGGUUCAAAGAUUGAUCAAGUGACUCGACAGGUCAAGUUCGAGGCCAUUGGCAAGUUUCAAGUGGAGGAGAAGUACGCUGCACUCAUUGAUUGGACCAGAGAUGACGACGCCCGCCACGAUCUCGAACAAAAGCUUUUCCAGCGUAUGUACGACAACCUCCUCGUGCUUCCAAAAGAAGCAAAGGAGGAGCAUCGCGAUAAGAUCAUCAACAUGGCAAACGGCAUGGUCAUCAUCAAACAACCAUACCCGCUCGCCUGGAAGAUUGCUCUCGAAUGGGUGGACGCCGAAGAAAUUAACGAAUGGGAUGUCAACGUGCUCCGCGAAUACAUUGAGUAUUUUCCUGACGAAGGCUUAAGUAAAAUUCUCAAGGGUUUCCUUGACAGCGAUUCUUCACCCUUCCCCCAUUUGCCCGUGGAAGAGAAAGAAGCAGAAAAUGCCGCAGAAACACACGCGCGUUUGACCGAAGCGGCGCAGCUGAUCCUCAUGAAUGAAGGGCUAGAAGAAGCCACGGAUUCUCUUCUCGGUCACCGCGUCCUGGCAUACACAUAUGGGCAGCUUGAGGAAUGGCAGAGCGCAGUUGACACGGCUCGCAAGGCUCAGACUCUCCAUGCCAAUGCACAGGCGCAACUCUGUCUCGAUCUGCACAACAGCCUCGAUGGAGUCAAUCUCAUCCUUGCCAACGCGUUGAUUACCUUCCAAUCACCGCGGCAUCACCCCGAGGCCAAGGAACUAUUCCAAGAUAUUCUUCAACGCAAGCCACUGCUUACCCCAGCACUGCUGGGCAUUGGGCUCAUCUACGAAGACGAUGAACACUGGGCGGAGGCGGUCAAGUUCCUCGGCCAGGCUGCACAGCGUGACCCUGAUAAUGCCAGGAUCAAGCUGGAGCUGGCGUGGUGUUGGACACAGAACGGAGAGCUGCAAGCCGGCCUGGACGAAUUGCAAAGUGUCUUGUCCUCGAUUGAAGCAGAGAAAGUCAAGAAUCUAACCAUGAAAUCCGUCACUCUGUACCGGAUCGCGUACUGCUUGUGGCACAUGAAUCCUUCGCCAGCUGCUCGGAAGGACAAGGCCGGUCCCUACCGUUAUCUCAUCGACGCCAUCAAAGCCAACCCCAGCAACGCUCCGGCAUACACCUUGCUCGGCGUCUAUUUCCAGGACUAUGGCAAGAGCAAGCAGCGUGCACGAGUGGCAUUACAAAAAGCAUUCGAGCUAUCCACAUCGGAGCUAGAAGCCGCCCACCGACUAGCCAGAGCAUUCUCUGACACGGUGGAAUGGGACCUGGUCGAGCUCGUGGCACAGCGUGUGGUGACCUCAGGGAAAGCCCGACCUGCACCAGGAUCGAAGAAGAAAGCCUACAGUUGGCCCUACGCAGCUCUUGGCGUCGUGCAGAUGAACAAGCAACAGUACUCCCAAAGCAUCGUUUCCUUCCAAUCGGCCUUGAGAAUUGCCCCGAACGACUACUACUCCUGGGUCGGCCUGGGCGAAAGCUACCACAACGCGGGCCGCCAUAUCGCCGCCACGAGGGCGUUCGCGAAGGCAGAGAGUAUCGACCACGGCCUACCUGCCGACGAGACCUGGUUCGCGAAGUACAUGCUGGCCAACGUGCAGCGGGAAAUGGGUUCCUUCAACGAAGCGAUCGCCGCGUAUGAAGACGUACUCGCGCUGAAGCCAAGAGAGUUCGGCGUGCUGAUCGCCCUCCUUCAGACGAUUUCAGAAAGCGCCUGGGCAAAAGUUGCGCUGGGCAUGUUCGGCGAAGCAUCGAAACUUGCUGCUCAAGCUCUCAAGGUCGCCGCGGAUAUCGCACAGCAAAACACUGUUGUUUUUAAUCUAUGGAAGUCAGUCGGCGAUGCUUGUGCAGUACUGGGGCACCUGAAGUCAUUUGCCGGUGAUGCCGCAGAUCUCGAAACAAUCUACUCUCUGCUGCUUCAAGCCGCGGACGGAUCCAGCUUCGAAACUCUCAGCGAAGUGGAUAAAGUCGGCAUCCACCUGUUGAAGAAAGGCGACCAUGCGCCCGACUCUGAAGAAACGACACUAUAUUCCACCAAACUCAGCAGUAGCAGCAUAGCAGACCAAUGGCUCAUCGGCUCUAUCCUUGCGCACAAGCGCGCAAUCUCCGCAUCCACCAACGACACACACGCUCGUGCCGUUAGCUGGUACAACCUAGGCUGGGCCGAACACCAAGCCCACACAUCCCUAUCCGAAUCUGGCUCUCCUUACGGCAGAGGUAAGAAACCACAACGUUUCCUGCGCGCGGCGAUGAAAUGCUUCAAACGCGCGAUCGAGCUGGAGGCUGGGAACUCGGAGUUCUGGAAUGCAUUGGGAGUCGUGACUAUGACACUCAGCCCGAAAAUCUCGCAGCACGCGUUCGUGCGGAGCCUGCACUUGAACGACCACAGCGCGAGGACAUGGACGGAUCUUGGGGUGCUCUACUUGAUCAACAACGACCAUCAGCUCGCGAACGACGCGUUCACACGAGCGCAAUCCGAAGAUCCAGAGUAUGCAAAUGCGUGGAUCGGGCAGGGCAUUCUCGCAACACUAUUUGGGAACGUGAAGGAGGCAAGAGGGCUGUUCAUGCAUGCGUUCGAAAUCGCAGACUCGUCUCUCCUCCCGGCAAAACGCCACUUCCCGCUGUCUGUUUUCGACCACCUGCUUAAAGAACAAGCGUCGCCGAGGUCAUCGUCCCAAGAGGUUAGCGCAGCACUUCUCCAACCUUUAUUUGCGCUGCGUCAACUGCACACCCAAACACCACAUGACACGGUCGCAACGCAACUCCUCGCGCUUUUCGCCGAGCGAGUAGGCGACUUCAGCACCAGUGCAGAAGCGCUAGAAGAAGUGUGCGGCGCUGCGGAACUUGCAUACGAGAAAUCCGAAUCCAACGAGUUUCUGGUGCGAUUCGCGCAGGCCAAAGCAGAUCUGGCUCGCGCUCUGUUAGGAAAAUGUGAGUUCGAAGACGCAAUCUCCAACGCUGAAACAGCUCUCGACCUCUCCGACGACCCAGACGAAUUCGGGCCAGCGUACAGCGAAGCCCGGCGUAAAUGGAGACUGUCUGCUCAUAUCACAUGUGGGCUUGCACACAGCCACCUGAAACAAAUCGAGCCCUCGAUCAAGAUGUUCCAAGCGGCGCUCGAAGCAUCAGGCAACGAGCCUGAUGUGGUGUGCAUGCUGGCACAAGUACUCUGGGCGAAAGGGGGCGAGGCGGAGAAGGAGGCAGCGCGAUCGCAGCUUUUCGGUGUGAUUGAAAUUCACCCGGGUCACGUGCAAGCCGUGGCUCUGUUGGCGGUCACGGGGCUGCUGGAUGCGGACGAAGAUGUAUUGGAUGCGGUGGAGGAGAGCUUGAAGGCCUUGAGGCAGAGCGAUAAGGUCGGUGUGCUCGAUCAGAUCCAGGUUACGAAGUUCCUGGCUAGGAUCGUUGUCUGCAAGAAUCAGCAACAAAAGGCUUCUGAAAUGCGCCGAAUGGCCGUGGUUACAGACGCUCUCUAUGGCAUCAUGCUCGCCCCAGGUCAACCGCAAGGCUGGCUGGAGCUGUCCCAAGCCACUGCUGUGGGAAAUGACGGCUCAGACUUCUCGUACGCUGCGGAGAUGGCAGUUCUUAAUGGGAACAAAAUGAUACCACCAGGCGGCAAUCUCGCGGCAGAUGACCUGGCCAGAGCCUAUGAAGAAACAGGCCGUGUCGAGGAUUUGCUGAAGGCGAAGAUGUUGGCACCAUGGAGUGUGGAAGUGGCAGUCGAAGCUUGA